AUGGAGAAACCACGACGCAUUGAGGACUUGGCGGAUGAACUGAUCAGUGAUAUCCUCGCGUUCCUUCUGGGCUCAGAAAGUCCCUCCCCCGAACCGUCCCCAACGAGUCCGCACGGUUCGUCUCCCGACUCGCACGAUCCCUCGGCUCAUGCAUUUGGCGAGAAGUCCGAAUUGGACCGCUUCAGACUCGUCUGUAGAAGGUUCGAGCGAAUUAGUACUCCCCGGAAGUUCCAUCUUUUUAUACUCCGAUUCUCGUCCGACGGCUUUCAACGGUUGGAGGAUCUUCUGAACAUGCAGCUAGCCUGCCAUGUCAGAUAUUUUACGUACAUGGUGCGACCCUUCUACCAAGGAAGCGGCUGGUCCCAUAUUCUUGAUGGGGUCGAUGUAGACAACCUCCCCGUUUCCUCCAUACACCGGCGUCGGCUCCAAGACCAAAGACACAUAGUUGAUUCCAACCGCGAUCUGCUGUUGCUGCGACGCGCGAUAGCAGCAUUCCCGUUCCUCCAGCAGGUCAAGCUUCUCCGGUUGCAGGACGGAGCAGACGAACAAUUACUCGAUCAUAUACGCGAACGCUCGUUGGGAAGGGCCACGCGCUUGGAUUGGGAACCAGCAUGUACCAGAGCUGUCACAAACCUAAGCAUUUCUUUGCUGGAGUCCAAUUGUAAUUCUGUCAGGUUUGUCGGGCCACAGAUCAGUCCGGAGGCGACAGUGAGACUGUUACAGGCGCCGUCCACCAGUCUGUCCGCCUUGGGCGCACGAUUGACAAGCUUGGAUGUAACCUUCCACUCCGCAGCCAACCUGUCCAAGUACAUGGAGACGCUCUCCAGCGUCUUCCACAACUUCUUUCUAGCCGCGAAAAAUCUUACGGUUAUCCACUUAGGCUUCCCAGCCAUUGCGCCGCUGGACCUCGCUCUGGAGCAAAUCUUCCACCACCUCCAGUGGAAAAGUCUCCGAACCCUGAGUAUCCAGGGCUGGCGCCUCGGGUCGGAAGAAAUCAUCGCACUCAUUCGCCGGCACAGGCGACAGCUCCGUGACGUCCGACUAGCCCAUAUCUAUAUUCGCCCCGGAGGACGGUGGCGCGACGUUCUCUCCGUUCUACACGAUGACAUGGAUCACCUUGACCACAUAGACCUGCGUGGCAUCGACUACGCGAGUCAUUUUGAUACCAGCAUCAACACCAACCCCAUCGGACACGGUACCGGUAGCUCUCAAACGCCGACACUUGCGAUCGUUGUGCAACCCACGGCCAUCCUGCCCCCUCACAAGGCCGUCCUCAACACGGACUAUUACUCACCCUCUCGCUCAUAUCCUAAUAUGACCCCCGAGCAGCUGAGAGCCGUUACCGUCGACGGCCUCGGAGAUGACGGCGUGAGCGUCAAGCAUAACCAGAGUAACUUUUGGGAAACGUGGGUCUUGUCCAGUCAACGAAAUAACGUCCAAAGCCGGGUUUAA